CGGAAAAACUUGAGUGAGCCUCGGGAUGGACGCGCCUGUCGUCGUUUUGCUCAUCCACCUGACCCUUACUCAGGUGAAAGCACUGGUGGCCAGCAGCAGGGUGGAAGUAGAGGCGAGUUGCCCCCUUGGCCAGUUCCCAUGUGGGAACUUGAGUGAGUGCCUCCCUCAGGCUUUGCAGUGCAAUGGACACAAAGACUGUCCCAACGGAGCAGAUGAGCAGCGCUGUGGGGACAACAUCGGAUGGGCAGACUUAUUUGGUCAAACAUUACAGAAUGCCAAUCCUGUGGACCAGUACUUCCUGAAUGAGUGUUUCUUGCAGGAAUAUCCAGACAGUUGCGAAUGCAUACGGACAGACGUCGAGUGUGUGGAGGUCAACCUUCAGGAUGUUCCUCUGCUCUCUCCAAAUGUUACCUGGCUGUCGCUGAGGAGCAAUCAGAUCGGGAGGUUGUCGGAUUUUGCUUUCUCAGAAUACUCUGCCCUACAGAGACUGUUUCUUCAAAACAACAGCCUCCAGUUCAUAUCCAAACAUGCCUUCAGUGGCCUGCACAAUUUAAAGAGGUUGUUUCUCAGUGAGAACUUGAUAUCCUCCCUCAGUCCUGGAGUGUUCAAGGAUCUCCAUCAGUUAGAGUGGCUGAUGUUGGAUCAUAACCCAUUAAGCAGCUUGUGCCAGGACACGUUCAUUGGGCUCCAGUCCCUCAUUUACCUAUCCAUGGUGGACGCCUCGCUACAGCAGCUUCCUCACCCGAGCUUCUGUCAACACAUGCCUGCCCUGAACUGGCUGGAUCUUGAGGGAAACCAGAUUCAAAGUCUCAACUACUCUAUCUUGAAGACCUGCAGCAAGCUUGAAGUUCUAUUGCUGAUGGACAACAGGAUAAGAUGGGUUCCUGAAAACACCUUCCAGUCUCUCUGGAAACUGGCUGAACUGAAUCUGUCCAGCAACAGGAUCAGGGAGCUGCCAAAGAACACUUUUAAAGGCCUUUCCAAGUCCCUCCUCAAACUAAAUAUCUCCCACAAUCCCCUUCUGCGCGUUCACCCCAGCCACUUCCACCACCUUGUACAUCUUCAGUCUCUGGCGCUCGAAGGGAUAGAGAUCCCAGAGAUUCAGGCUAAGAUGUUUCUGCCUAUGAUAAACCUGUCCCACAUAUACUUUAUGAAGUUCCAGUACUGCUCUUAUGCACCUCAUGUCAGGUCCUGUAAGCCCAACACAGAUGGCAUCUCAUCUUUUGAGGACCUGCUGGCUAACAUAGUGCUGCGGGUGUCGGUCUGGGUCAUGGCCUUCAUUACCUGCUUUGGUAACCUUUUUGUCAUCGGCAUGAGGUCGCUGAUACGAGCUGAGAACAGUCUGCAUGCCGCUUGCAUCAAAGUCCUCUGCUGUGCAGACUGCCUCAUGGGUGUGUACCUGUUUUUUGUUGGCGUGUUCGACGUGAAAUUCCGUGGGCAGUACAAUCGUAAUGCCCUGCUCUGGAUGGAGAGUGUAGAGUGUCGGACCAUUGGAUUCCUGGCCAUGCUCUCCUCAGAGGUCUCUGUUCUCCUCCUGACCUACCUGACUCUGGAAAAGUUCCUGGUUAUCGUCUUCCCCUUCAGCAACCUGCGCCCCAGCAAACUUCAGACUGGGGUGGUCCUGGCCUCUAUCUGGCUACUGGGGUUCAUUAUCGCUGCUGUGCCCCUAUUGAAUGAGGGCGUGUUUGGAAACUAUUAUGGACGUAAUGGAGUCUGCUUCCCCCUGCACUCUGACAGGCAAGAAAAACCUACUGCCAAAGGAUAUUCCACAGGGAUUUUUCUGGGUCUGAACCUGGUGGCAUUCCUGGUGAUCGUCUUCUCCUACUCCAGCAUGUUUUACUCCAUCUAUAAAACUGGCAUCAAUGCCACAGACUUGAGGAGCAGACUGCACAGAGACGUGGCUGUGGCCAACAGGUUUUUCUUCAUAGUGUUCUCUGAUGCCCUCUGCUGGAUUCCCAUAUUUUUGGUGAAAAUCCUCUCACUGUUGAAGGUGGAGAUACCUGGGACCAUCUCCAGCUGGGUAGUCAUCUUCAUCCUUCCCAUCAACAGCGCCUUGAACCCCAUCCUUUACACCUUGACCACCAGCUUCUACAGAGAGCAGGUGGAACUCUUACUCUGUCGUUGGCAGAGAAGACACAUCUUGAAAAAGGACCGCAAAAGCCUCACUUCCUCCACAAUCUUCAUGGAGACGUCACGGGCGCCUUGCUACCAUCAGCCAGCCUACCUCCAGCGGGCGUCCCUGUCCGGCGCAGAUCCUCGCUACGCCUGAGGGAGGCAGAAACUCUCCUGGCAUUUUGUAAACUACGGGUCGUGGGCCUAUCCCUGCCAGGUCUUUAGGCUCCCACAUGACACAUGCACUAGUGCUGAGUUUGGCUUCAUGGUGGAACGAGAUUAACAAUCACUGAGCUGUCUCAUUAUGAUCCGACAUGCUCCACAUUUGUAAAAACGACAACGAUUAGAUGCUUUUGUCCAGAGCAGUUUAUCUUUUUUCCUCCCAUGUAUACAAACACGGAGAGCAGUUUGCGGUUCAGCGUCUUGCUCUAAGGCACUUCGACAUGCAGACAGGAGGAGCCAGAGGUCAAACUAUCAACCUCACAAUUAUUGUUUCGCCCUUUGUGCCACCUGAGCUAAAGCACUCCCAUUCCUGCAUGUUUAGGUGGCCAUACAUUUGAUAUUGUUCCAGGUGAGGGUACACUAAAGGAAUGAAAAAGAGUAGAUGGAUGAAAGAAUAAAUACCAGCGUACAGUAUACUGUACAUCCCCUUGCUACCCUGAGGGUGUUCACAAUGGACUUAAAACGUCCCAAGGCGAGCAAGAAAAGUCCAACAUAUCUCAGUUUUCACUUCAGUGAUUGCUUAGUCAUCUUUUUGAGCUAGAGAGGGAGCUGGGAGACAAGCAGCCAAAUGUCUGUUAUCUCAGAGUUUUCCAUGGGGUGACUGAAGGAUGACGCUCACUGAGUCACAGAUGUGAAGCCCAUCAGAUGCUGAGCUGAAAAAUGGGUUUGAGAAUGAAGGGCUUCAGUCUUAACAAAAACAAAGAAUGAGUCUUACAUUGCACAAAAUGUAGCACUCAGACUUUGUUUAUGGAAUUACAAUGCUGGCAUAAUACAGAUGAAAAAGCAUACCAGCUUUUUCAUUUAAUGUGUGCAAAAACUAAUACAUAUUUGAAAUCCAAAUGCCAAAAUCCAGCUUGCAUUGCUUUUUCAUCUACCAAUUAAAAUGCAAAUGCAAAGUCAACCUUACAUAUCAUUUUAAUAUCUUCCAUGACACAAUUCAAAUUAAUAACAUAAUUAAAGUUCUAUAUUUAUUAUGAUAUCCGUACAAUCCAUUACUUGUAUUAUGCCCUCUUCUUCCUCCCACUGUUAUGUGUUUUCUUGUUCUGGUAAUUUCUCUUUCUCUAUCAGCAAGAACCAUCAGGUAUUGUGUUUACGGUCCUGAUUAGCUUUUCUGGUAAGAAAUGAUUCUGAACCCCCCUUUUCCAGGGCUUCCCUCUUAAACACAAAUGUACAUAGUGCAUUUGUGUUUCAGCAGGGUUGAUGUGUUAUCUUGCAAAAAUUAUUAUAUGAAUGCUACAAAUGUUAUUAAAAUUAUUCUGAUUAUGAAAUAUUUAAUGGCACAUUAAAGGAUAAAAUUUUACACAAAUCAUAUUAGUAAUAAUAAAUUGAUGUUUUAAUAGGUUGUCCAUUAUAGCAAUUUUGACAAGUUAGUAUUGAAGGGGAAGAGAAAAUUUAAAUUUGCCCUACCAACAUUAUAUGUUUGUAGUAAAAACGAAGUAAACUGGGCUUUUGCAUUUGAAUUAUAUCAAAAUAUGCAAAAUAAAAUCAAAUUUAAAACCUGAAUGUUAACAUAACAUAUACACAUACAUACAUUAUACAAUUACAUGUACAAGACACUUAACAUAUGAGAGAAACCAGUCAACAGGAGAAAAACAUGAGAGAAAGAGACUAAACCCUCAACAUGCCCAUUUUGCCACACUUUCAUUUGUUGUUCUGGUAUAAUGGGCAUAAUCUGAAUCAUUCAUCACUGUUUUUUUUUACAUGCCAUUUUGUACACUCCAACUACAUGUACAUUAUGUAUUCUGAUUAAUUAUGAACCUGAGCCAAUAUGCUGCAGCAUUUUGAUACUGUUAAAUCGUACUUUUUUUGUUCAGACCUCCUGAGUUUGGGACUGACCUGGACUGUAUCAAAACAUCUGGUUGAACAACUCACUUAUCCAUACAUGAAGAAUUUGUUCCAUUCAGUUUUAUUGUCACUGUGCUUGUCAGACGUUGCCUGGACUGUUCUACUUUGGUUCUUGUUUCUAUUUAUACUUUUUUAACACUUAUACAUAUGCUACAGUAUGGUUUUAACGGUUACUUUAAUUCAAUGACAGUCAUCAACAAACGAACAAUGGCGAAGUAGGAACAAGACAAGGAAAGUUAUACAGAUGAAGAGAAGGGGUAGUUUAAUGAUUGUACAAAUUUCUGCAAAGUAUAACAAGCAGUGGACGACCUCUGAUGAAAUAAGGACUAUUAUUUCCUACUAUGCUGUGCAGAUGUGCAUAUCUUUAUUCUAGUUGUAUAAUAUUUGGUACAGGAAACAGUCUUGUCAGUGUAUGUUCUGUAUAUGAAUGUGUUUUUUGAAGUCAGGUUUGUGAAGUAUGUGUUUAUUGGUUU